GUUUGGCUUGACAGGAAGCUUUUGUUUAACUACCAUGUGAAACAGAAGACAGCUGCAGCAACUAGGGCACUUAACAUGAUUUCUAGAUUAUCCAACUCAGAAUGGGGCCUUUCAGCACCAGCAAUGAGGCAACUCUACUAUACCUGCAUUACUCCAGUAGCUGACUCUGGAGCAGAGGUCUGGUGGAAAGGUCAAAUUGGUCUUGCUAACAAGUUACAGAAGUUGCAGGCAGAGGCAAAUAGACGAAUCCUGGGGGCUUUCAGAACUUCACCAACUGCUGCAAUGGAGAUUGAAGCAGCCACCCUUCCCAUUCCUUGGAGAUUUGACAGACAGUGUAAGAGAUAUGCUUACCGAGUUUUACAGAUGCAUUCAGACCAUCCUAUCAGGCAGAGAACACCCAGCUCAUUCCCAAGCACCCUUUCCUCAUCCAUUCCACUAGACAGACCAUGCUCCUCCUCCUCUGAGAGUGACAUAUCUUGGACUUCUACCUACAAGCAACAUAACAGAACAUACUUGUGGAAUCCUCAGCAUGAGCCAUAUGGCAAGAUGCAGGCUGAUUGGAGGAAAACUGAUUCUGAGCAAUCUAAGUUCCCUACCCACCUAAUAAGAGUAUUAAAUACACUAAGUUCAUUCCUGCCUGUAGGAAAAGAUGUUGAACAGUGUUACCCAAACCUGCAACCACCCUGGGAUACCAACCUGCCUGACACCACCUCCAGAUUUGACAUCACUAUCAGCCAGGAAGACAAAGACACUGCAGCCAAAAGUCAUAUUACUCUCCUCAACUCCCUCGACGAUUCAGAAAACCUUGUUCUCUACACAGAUGGAAGUGCACUGCAAAAUGGAGGAGUAGGAGCAGGAGUGGUAAUGAUGCAUGGUGGUGGGAUUGUUGGAAGAUGGAGAGUUGGAUUAGGAUGUGGGAUGAAGGUGUAUCAUGGGGAAUUGGUAGGUAUUGCCAGAGCACUCACAGAAGCCAGCAGGUCCAGCCUAUCCUUCAAGCACAUCUGGGUUUUCACAGACAACCAAGCAGCAAUCAGCAACUCUCACAGACUCUCUCCCCACCCUGGACAACAAAUUUCUCAACAGAUUCAACAACUUACAAAGGACCUUCUGUCCUCUGACCUUGACUUACAGCUUCAUCUCCAUUGGGUACCAAGUCACACUGGUAUUCAAGGUAAUGAUGAAGCUGACAGACUUGCAAAACAAGCAGCU